GGGAGUUGCGGGGUUUGGGCUGCUGGUUCCUGCGUUCCCAACCAUGCCGCGCGGGCGAGAGCCCCGCGUCUCCGGACAGUCGGUGCUGAGUAAAUUCUUCCGGCCGGUGGGGUCCCCGCGCGUAGCCGGGUCCUCAGCCGGCUCCGAGGCGAGCGGCGGCGAGGGGCUCCAGGCUGCGGCUCCGCACACGACUUCUAAGUCUGGCAGAAAUAAGAGAAGAGCUGUUGAAAACAAUGAACCUAGUAAAAAGAGGACAAAACCAGUACAAACUAAUAGAAAAGAAGGCCAUGAUGCAGUGAAGAUUCUUGACGUUGAAGAGCCUAAGAAAUGUACCAGGCCCUGCAUAUGUGUGAAAACAUUAAACAAACUGAGAGAAUUCUGCAGUGAUUCAAAGCACCCAUGUAACAGAGUCCAGGUGGAUACUUUACGAGGGAGUCAAUCUGUGCACUUGGAAAAAUGUCCGACUUUUGUGGAAAGAACCCUGGAAAUAAAUAGUGCUCUUCAUUCUCAGGACACAGGUUCUCAGAUCAGUGAGAAGGAACAGUCAUGCUUUAGUCUGAAUCAAUUUUCAGCAUCAUGUAAGAGUUUUGAAGGCUCUCAAAAUAUUUCUAAUACAAACCUCCUUAAUAAAAGAACCAAAAGCAUAUACACUCCACUAGAACUCCAGUUCAUAGAAAUGAAAGAACAGUAUAAAGAUGCUAUUUUGUGCGUGGAAUGUGGAUAUAAGUAUAGAUUCUUUGGAGAAGAUGCAGAGAUUGCAGCGAAGGAGCUAAACAUUUACUGUCAUCAGGAUCACAAUUUUAUGACUGCCAGUAUACCGACGCACAGACUAUUUGUUCAUGUACGGCGACUUGUAGCAAAAGGAUAUAAGGUGGGAGUUGUAAAACAAAUGGAAACUGCAGCACUGAAGGCUGCUGGAGAAAAUAAAAGCUCUCUGUUUACUCGAAAACUGACUGCUCUCUAUACCAAAUCUACACUUAUUGGAGAAGAUGUGAACCCCUUGCUGAAGCUAGAUGAUCCUGUAGAUGUUGAAGAAAUAACAGCUGAUGUCUCUGAUAACUAUCUUCUUUGUAUCUGUGAAAAUAAAGAAAGCUUAAGAGACAAGAAGAAAGGGGAUGUUGUCAUAGGCAUAAUGGCAGUCCAACCCACUACAGGGGAAGUGGUUUUUGACAGUUUUCAGGACUCCUCAUCUCGCUUAGAAUUAGAGAGUCGAGUUUUGCGCCUGCAGCCAGUUGAACUACUGCUUCCAUCAGACUUGUCGGAUCAAUCUGAGAGGCUCAUCAGCAAUAUAACCUCUGUAAGUUUACGAGAUGACAGAAUUCGAAUAGAAAGGAUGAAAAGCAUUUAUUUUGAAUACAGCCAUGCUUUCCAGCUGAUUACUGAUUUUUAUGCAAGAGGAGUGCUUGAUACCACAGGUUCUCAACUGUCUAUAAUCCUAAACUUGGAUAAGCCUGUGAUUUGCUCUUUGGCAGCAGUAAUUAUGUACCUCAAAGAAUUUAAUUUGGAAAAGAUACUUUACAACCCGAGUAACUUUAAACAGUUAUCAAGUGAAGCUGAAUACAUGACAAUUAAUGGGACAACACUGAAAAAUCUGGAAAUCUUACAGAAUCAGACUGAUAUGAAAACAAAAGGCAGCCUAUUGUGGGUCUUGGAUCAUACCAAAACUUCCUUUGGACGUCGGAAACUAAAGAAAUGGGUGACACAACCUCUUAUGAAAUCCAGUGAAAUAAAUGCCCGACUUGAUGCUGUGUCUGAAAUUCUCCUGUCAGAAUCCAGUGUGUUUGGUCAUAUUCAAAAUCAUCUGUGUAAGAUGCCAGACAUAGAGAGAGGACUCUGUAGUAUUUAUCACAAAAAGUGUUCAACUCAAGAGUUCUUCUUGAUAGUCAGCACUUUGUCUCGCCUGGAGACAGAACUCCAAGCACUGUUUCCAGCUAUACGUUGCCAAGUGAAAGCUCCUUUACUGCAGAUGGCCCUCUUGGAAAUUCCUGAGCUUCUCUGCCCCGUGAAACAAUACUUAAAGAUACUUAAUGAAGAAGCAGCCAAAACUGGAGAUAAAACCCAAUUGUUCAAGGAUCUUACAGACUUCCCUACUAUCAGAAAGCAGAAGGAUGAUAUUCAGAAGGUGAUUUCCCAGAUCCAAUUUCAUCUGCAAGAAAUACGACAAAUGAUAAAGAACCCUCAUGCAGAGUACGUUACAGUAUCAGGACAAGAGUUUCUGAUAGAAGUCAAGAAUUCACUCUUAUCUUCUGUACCCUCGGAUUGGGUUAAGGUUGGUAGCACAAAAGCUGUCAGCCGUUUCCACUCUCCUUUUAUUGUAGAAAAUUACAGACAUCUGAAUCAGCUCCGGGAGCAGCUAGUCCUUGACUGCAAUGCUGAAUGGCUAAAUUUUUUAGAUCAUUUUAGUGAAUAUUAUCACUCUGUGUUGAAGGCGGUUAGUCACCUAGCAACUGUUGACUGCAUUUUCUCAUUGGCCAAGGUUGCUAAACAAGGAGCCUAUUGCAGACCAGUUGUGCAAGAUAAAGGGGAAAAAAUAAUUAUAAAAAAUGGCAGACACCCUGUGAUUGAUAUACUGCUAGGAGAACAAGAUCAGUAUGUUCCAAACAGCACCAACCUAUCCGGGGACAAAGAAAGGGUAAUGAUAAUUACUGGACCCAACAUGGGUGGAAAGAGCUCCUACAUAAAACAAGUUGCACUGAUCACGAUCAUGGCACAGAUUGGUUCCUAUGUUCCUGCAGAGGAGUCCACAGUUGGAGUUGUGGAUGGUAUUUUUACCAGAAUGGGUGCUGCAGACAACAUAUACAAGGGUCGGAGUACUUUCAUGGAAGAACUAACAGAUACAGCAGAGAUAAUAAGAAAAGCGACCUCAAGUUCACUAGUAAUAUUGGAUGAACUGGGGAGAGGAACUAGCACACACGAUGGAAUUGCUAUUGCCUAUGCUACACUUGAACAUUUUAUCGGAGAUGUGGAAUCAUUGACACUGUUUGUCACUCACUACCCUUCAGUAUGUGAUCUAGAAAAGAUAUACCCAGAGCAGGUUGGGAACUACCACAUGGCCUUCCUGGUGAAUGAAGAAGAAAGUGAACAACAAAAAGGAUCUGAAGAUGAAGAGAAUCCUGAAUUUAUCACUUUUCUUUAUCAAAUAACUAGAGGAGUUGCUGCAAGGAGUUAUGGACUAAAUGUUGCUAAACUAGCAGAUGUUCCUGAAGAAAUCUUAAAGAAGGCAGCUCACAAAUCAAAGGAGCUUGAGGGAUUAGUGAAUAUGAAAAGUACUCCAGCACAGCACAGCAUUCUACCACCUGAACUACAGAACUAACUACGCUAGCUGUCAGCAGGAGAAGGCUGUUAUCUUAUGUGGACCAGCCACUAGACAACAACAACACAAGAAACUGAAAUAUAUGAGUGGCCUCUUUUACAGACAACCUAGUCAAAGAGAAAAUCACGGUGGGUUCUUUCUGAGAGGCAAUGUGGCUAAGUAGAUGGGAGUUGAGUUCCCAUAUUAGAGAUCAGGGUUCUGCUCCAAACUUGUGAAAUCUUUCAGUGGGGUAUGAGGUUUUGCUUAAUAAGAUUUGUGAAGGGUACAGAAUUAGCAGCAGUAGUCAGUAGAAGUGAUUCUUGAACUCAGAGCCUCCUGCUUUCUGGUGCAAUGCCCAUCUCCCUGAGGCAAAAAGUAUUUAAAUGAGCAGCAACAUCCAGAUAAUCCAUUUGCAUGUUUGGAUUUUGUCCUAACUAUAAAUAUUGAAGUGACACAAUAGGGC